AUGGAGGUAGGUUUCCAGACCCGGGCCGCGGAAGGCUUCGCGCCGUCAGCGAGGCCCCCGGAGCGCGGGCUGCAGUUGCGCCGCGCGGGGAGCGAACCCAGGAGCAGUGCCUUCAGUGCCUUCAGGACAGCGAGGCCCCGGAGCACGGCUGCAGUUGCGCCGCGCGGGGAGCGAACCAAGGAGCAGUGCCUUCAGGACAGCGAGGCCCCGGAGCGCGGGCUGCAGUUGCGCCGCGCGGGGAGCGAACCCAGGAGCAGUGCCUUCAGGACAGCGAGGCCUCGGAGCACGGCUGCAGUUGCGCCGCGCGGGGAGCGAACCAAGGAGCAGUGCCUUCAGGACAGCGAGGCCCCGGAGCGCGGGCUGCAGUUGCGCCGCGCGGGGAGCGAACCCAGGAGCAGUGCCUUCAGGUCAGCGAGGCCCCGGAGCACGGCUGCAGUUGCGCCGCGCGGGGAGCGAACCCAGGAGCAGUGCCUUCAGGUCAGCGAGGCCCCGGAGCGCGGGCUGCAGUUGCGCCGCGCGGGGAGCGAACCCAGGAGCAGUGCCUUCAGGUCAGCGAAGCCCCGGAGCACGGCUGCAGUUGCGCCGCGCGGGGAGCGAACCCAGGAGCAGUGCCUUCAGGUCAGCGAGGCCCCCGGAGCGCGGGCUGCAGUUGCGCCGCGCGGGGAGCGAACCCAGGAGCAGUGCCUUCAGGUCAGCGAGGCCCCCGGAGCGCGGGCUGCAGUUGCGCCGCGCGGGGAGCGAACCCAGGAGCAGUGCCUUCAGGUCAGCGAGGCCCCCGGAGCGCGGGCUGCAGUUGCGCCGCGCGGGGAGCGAACCCAGGAGCAGUGCCUUCAGGUCAGCGAGGCCCCCGGAGCGCGGGCUGCAGUUGCGCCGCGCGGGGAGCGAACCCAGGAGCAGUGCCUUCAGGUCAGCGAGGCCCCCGGAGCGCGGGCUGCAGUUGCGCCGCGCGGGGAGCGAACCCAGGAGCAGUGCCUUCAGGUCAGCGAGGCCCCCGGAGCGCGGGCUGCAGUUGCGCCGCGCGGGGAGCGAACCCAGGAGCAGUGCCUUCAGGUCAGCGAGGCCCCCGGAGCGCGGGCUGCAGUUGCGCCGCGCGGGGAGCGAACCCAGGAGCAGUGCCUUCAGGUCAGCGAGGCCCCCGGAGCGCGGGCUGCAGUUGCGCCGCGCGGGGAGCGAACCCAGGAGCAGUGCCUUCAGGUCAGCGAGGCCCCCGGAGCGCGGGCUGCAGUUGCGCCGCGCGGGGAGCGAACCAAGGAGCAGUGCCUUCAGGACAGCGAGGCCCCGGAGCGCGGGCUGCAGUUGCGCCGCGCGGGGAGCGAACCCAGGAGCAGUGCCUUCAGGUCAGCGAGGCCCCGGAGCACGGCUGCAGUUGCGCCGCGCGGGGAGCGAACCCAGGAGCAGUGCCUUCAGGUCAGCGAGGCCCCGGAGCGCGGGCUGCAGUUGCGCCGCGCGGGGAGCGAACCCAGGAGCAGUGCCUUCAGGUCAGCGAGGCCCCGGAGCACGGCUGCAGUUGCACCGCGCGGGGAGCGAACCCAGGAGCAGUGCCUUCAGGUCAGCGAGGCCCCCGGAGCGCGGGCUGCAGUUGCGCCGCGCGGGGAGCGAACCCAGGAGCAGUGCCUUCAGGUCAGCGAGGCCCCGGAGCGAGGGCUGCAGUUGCGCCGCGCGGGGAGCGAACCCAGGAGCAGUGCCUUCAGGACAGCGAGGCCCCGGAGCACGGCUGCAGUUGCGCCGCGCGGGGAGCGAACCAAGGAGCAGUGCCUUCAGGACAGCGAGGCCCCGGAGCGCGGGCUGCAGUUGCGCCGCGCGGGGAGCGAACCCAGGAGCAGUGCCUUCAGUUGCGCCGCGCGGGGAGCGAACCCAGGAGCAGUGCCUUCAGGUCAGCGAGGCCCCGGAGCGAGGGCUGCAGUUGCGCCGCGCGGGGAGCGAACCCAGGAGCAGUGCCUUCAGGACAGCGAGGCCCCGAAGCGCGGGCUGCAGUUGCGCCGCGCGGGGAGCGAACCCAGGAGCAGUGCCUUCAGGACAGCGAGGCCCCGGAGCGCGGGCUGCAGUUGCGCCGCGCGGGGAGCGAACCCAGGAGCAGUGCCUUCAGGUCAGCGAGGCCCCGGAGCGAGGGCUGCAGUUGCGCCGCGCGGGGAGCGAACCCAGGAGCAGUGCCUUCAGGACAGCGAGGCCCCGGAGCGCGGGCUGCAGUUGCGCCGCGCGGGGAGCGAACCCAGGAGCAGUGCCUUCAGGACAGCGAGGCCCCGGAGCGCGGGCUGCAGUUGCGCCGCGCGGGGAGCGAACCCAGGAGCAGUGCCUUCAGGACAGCGAGGCCCCGGAGCGCGGGCUGCAGUUGCGCCGCGCGGGGAGCGAACCCAGGAGCAGUGCCUUCAGGACAGCGAGGCCCCGGAGCGCGGGCUGCAGUUGCGCCGCGCGGGGAGCGAACCCAGGAGCAGUGCCUUCAGGACAGCGAGGCCCCGGAGCGCGGGCUGCAAUUGCACCGCGCGGGGAGCGAACCCAGGAGCAGUGCCUUCAGGUCAGCGAGGCCCCGGAGCGAGGGCUGCAGUUGCGCCGCGCGGGGAGCGAACCCAGGAGCAGUGCCUUCAGGACAGCGAGGCCCCGGAGCGCGGGCUGCAGUUGCGCCGCGCGGGGAGCGAACCCAGGAGCAGUGCCUUCAGGACAGCGAGGCCCCGGAGCGCGGGCUGCAGUUGCGCCGCGCGGGGAGCGAACCCAGGAGCAGUGCCUUCAGGACAGCGAGGCCCCGGAGCGCGGGCUGCAGUUGCGCCGCGCGGGGAGCUAACCCAGGAGCAGUGCCUUCAGGACAGCGGGGCCCCGGAGCGCGGGCUGCAGUUGCGCCGCGCGGGGAGCGAACCCAGGAGCAGUGCCUUCAGGUCAGCGAGGCCCCGGAGCGAGGGCUGCAGUUGCGCCGCGCGGGGAGCGAACCCAGGAGCAGUGCCUUCAGGUCAGCGAGGCCCCGGAGCGAGGGCUGCAGUUGCGCCGCGCGGGGAGCGAACCCAGGAGCAGUGCCUUCAGGACAGCGAGGCCCCGGAGCGCGGGCUGCAGUUGCGCCGCGCGGGGAGCGAACCCAGGAGCAGUGCCUUCAGGACAGCGAGGCCCCGGAGAGGCCGUGCCUGUGCCGGGCUGAGAACGGAGGCAGCAUUGCAUACGGGCCUGAAGCUCCAGAGCAUUCUCCCCGACCCGGUGGACAGCAGUGUCGUCAGCAUACUGGUACACCGUGGCGCCCAGCAGAUGUGGGAGAUCGGCUACGAGUUCCAAGACUACGGCAGCAAGGACGAGGCGACCCAAGAUGAUACUUUCCGACACUUUGGCCAAGAUGUUGAUCAAUGA